UGAAUGUUUGGGUUUAGUGCGAACAACUGCAUCCAAUUUAUGCACAAAGUGCAUAUUAAAAAAGGACAGUUUCAGGGUAUCCCACCCUUAGAUAGAGAUGGGCACACCUGGCUGAUGACACUGCAAUUUUCCUAUCGAAUACACACGAUGUGAGCAGACAGCUACCUGUGUCAGGGCUGAAAAUGAGUCUGUCUUAUUACCUCUCAAACAUUUAAAUCUGUCAGGGUUAAUGGUAUACCUGUUAAAACAAAACUACAUAUUUGGGAGUGAUUAUUGAAAACAAUCAAAAAGGAUGUAAACUUCUCCACUUUUUGCUCCUGUAACUCCUGUGUUACUGCCGAAGACUGGACAAUGUUGCUUUAUGACCAGAAAUGCCCAAAGAGAUCUCUACAGAGUUACAUCAACUUUGAUUUGAUUGAUAUGGAGAAAGAAAAGCCAUCACGUCAAAAGGAUAUUCCACAUAAAGCAAACAAAAAGAUGGCUUGGAAUGACCUCACGGCACAAGCAUAGUCCCAACCAAUGAUGGUGAUGCGUCUUUUCAACAGCUCGAAUCACAUAAUGAAGCAUUGACGUCAUUUCAGAGAGUUCAUCUUUGGUCACAUGAUAUUCUGGAGCCCGACACGGGCUUCUUUUGGACACGCCCACGUUCAAACGUUUCAUACAAAUGAGUUUUUAACCAAAUAACCAUAAAACAGAUGCACCACACCGAUAGCCUGAUAUUAAACACAAGCUGCUAAUGCAGAGAGGGUGAUCACAGUGAGGCGGCUCAUUUCAAGCUGCUGUUCAUAUUUUUGGCCACCAGAUGUCACCAAAGAGGACUGAAGCGCUUCGAGCAGUGAACCAUCUUGGUGGAGGGACAUGGUGCAGGUUCACCGAGCGACCCCCGGCCUGGACGCGCUCUGCUCAGCUUCGUUUGCACUUUUAGUGAUGAAGAUCAUCAUUCUGGUGAUUUGUGACACAGAACUGUUUUAAAUCACUGCUGCUGUUGAUCUCUAAGCUCCACCCAUGUGGUGAUGUCAUUCCUGGAUGGAGCAGCUGCAGAGCUCUGGAGAGUCAGAGGGAGGGUCAGACCUGCAGACCGAGCAGCUGAAACAUGGCAGACUCUUCAUCGUCGUCCAACAACUCCUCCUCCUCGCUGAGAGACCUCACGCACACAGCAGCCUCACAGCUCGUGCACUGGAGAGAACCGAAGAAAUCUGCAGCGGCGUUCGGCCUCUCACUGCUGGUUCUUCUCUCCGUGGCAACACUGUCAGUCAUCAGCGUGGUGUCCUAUUUGCUCCUGGCGUGCCUCUGUGUCACAAUCACCUUCAGAGUUUAUAAAUCCGUGAUCCAGCUGGCGGCCGUCACCUGGGUGAUGACGUACGUUGGUGCCGUGUUCAAUGGCGUCACCAUCUUGAUCCUUGCUGACAUCAUUUUCUUCACUACGCCGUUGAUCUACCAGAAGAAGAAGGCUCAGAUCGAUCGUCACGUUGAGGCUGUUCGGCUCAAACUGGAGGAAACUCUGCAGAGUCUGCAGGAUAAGUUACCUGGCGCUGUGAAGAAGAGCAAGGUUGAGUGACACCUGAGAUGUUGAAGCUCCGCCCCCUCCUCCCAUUGGCCUGUUUGUCUGUGACUCACAAGUCUUUGAAUAAAAUCAGACUGACGAGAAACAA